AUGGAAAAAUUUUCAAUCGAGUCGUUUGAAAUAGAACACUGUUAUUAUCAUGGAACAGUUAAAGAUUAUCCAGGAGCGGCGGCAGCUUUUCAUACGUGUAACGGCGUAUCUGGAGUCAUACAUAUUGGAAACGAAACUUUUGUUAUUCAUCCAUUUUACGGUGGGGAUCUCUCGAAACACCCACACGUUAUAUUUGAAGCGAGAGCUAAACAAAAUAAAGGCUGUGCAAAUUCUGGAAAUCUCGACUGGAGAAAAAAUCCGCGUAAAACAAAACACGUGAGUGAAUUAAUAGAAGAAGCGGAAACGAUAUUAGGUUUAAGAUAUAAAAGAGACGUUAGAGAAGCUACUAAAUACGUUGAAACCGCUCUGGUACUGGACAAAGCAAUGUUUGAAAAAAGAAACGGAAGUACGAGAGCUGACGUCAUACACGAUGCCAUACAAGUUGCCAACAUUGCCGAUUUGUAUUAUCGAGCGCUCAACACGAGAGUUUCCAUUGUCUAUAUAGAAACGUGGCAAAGCAUAAAUAAAAUAACAAUUGAUAAGACUCAAGAUAUCAGUCGAGCUUUGCUCAAUUUUAACGAUUAUACCUCGAGAAAAAUGUUCAAAAUAGACAAAGACACAAGUCAAUUAUUAACUGGUGAGUCAUUUAUCGGUGGUGAAGCUGGAAUGGCAGUUCCGGAAGCUGUUUGCACAACUAAAUCGGUUGGUAUUUCCGUCGAUGUUAAUACCUACGAACCUCACAUUUUGGCGGCAACAAUGGCGCACAUGAUCGGACACAAUAUCGGAAUGGGGCACGAUGAUGGGAGAGAAGAAUGUUAUUGUCGAGAUUGGCACGGUUGUCUUAUGGCUCAGGGAAUUGCCGGAUUAGAAAAUGUACAACCGUAUAAAUUUUCAGACUGUUCUAAAAGUGAUUAUAUCGAUUCUCUAAGAAUCGGUCACGGGAUUUGUUUGUUAAAUAAACCCAACGAGUUCGAUUCUCAUAGAAGUUGCGGAAAUGGCAUAGUUGAAGAAGGAGAAAUGUGCGAUUGUGGUACGAUCGAAGAAUGUCACGAAAUCGAUCCGUGUUGUGAUCCUAUCACUUGUAAACUUACCAGCGAAUCUGAAUGUGCCAGUGGUCCUUGUUGCGAAAACUGUCGCUUGAGAUCGAGAGGAGUGACGUGUCGUGACGCCGUCAACGAAUGCGACUUACCAGAAUAUUGUAACGGAGAAACCGGAUUUUGUCCGGUUGACAUACAUAAAAAAAAUGGUAGCCCUUGCUCUCAAGAUUCCGGUUAUUGUUUUAACGGUGUUUGUCCGACGCUCAACCUCCAAUGCGAAGCCAUUUGGGGAUACGGUGGCAUAGCUGCCGACAAACAAUGUUUCGAACAAUUUAAUUCGAAAGGUUCACUUAACGGUCACUGCGGAAUGGAUGAAAAUGGUCAAUAUAUAAAAUGCGAUCCGGAAAAUGCUCGUUGCGGAUCGUUACAAUGUCAACUUGGUAACAGGCAUCCGGUUGCUGCUGGAGUCGAUCAACUUUUCUCCAGGACAAUAAUAUCAAUCAAAGGAGUCGAAUACGAGUGCAAAUCGAUAAGUGCCAAAAUUCAAGGUCAAAAAAAUAUACCAGUUGAUGGAUUAGUAAGAGACGGUACUCCAUGCGGAGAUCAACUGAUCUGUAUCAAUCAAACUUGCACGAGCAUUUUUUUACAUUUAGAUUCAGUGAAGUGCCCUAGUAAUCAUAACGAUCUGGAAUGUUCUGGACAUGGGGUUUGUUCUAAUAUCAAUAAAUGUCACUGCGAAUUGGGUUGGAGCGGUCCAGAUUGCUCAAUACAAUUAGAAGUUGAUGAAUCUAAAUCGAGUUCUCCAUCUUCGACUGGAAAAACUCCAGCAUCAAAAGAAGAUUUAAAAGCCAUAUUAGAAUCGCAAAUGCAAAAAAAAGUUACGCCAUACGAAAAUUAUCAUAGUACUAAUACUGGGUUUUUGGUAGGAGUGCUGAUGUCUGUGGUUGGGGGGGUUUUCAUCCUGUUUGCUCUCAUGGCACUGUGCUACAGGUCGGUGGUUGUACACAAAAAUUUCUCGCUUUGCUUGAGGAAAAGCACAAUGCCUAAAUACGAGCCUCCUAAUAUUAAGAAACCAAUGUUGAAAAAAACGAGCAGCGCAUCAGCAACAGAAGACACGUCCAUUGAUUCUGUUAAUAAGAUUCUUACAUUUGGAAACAUGCCCAAUUCGCAACGUGUUUUAUUUUGUCCUGGAAAUCAUAGCGAUCAACAAGCAACAGCUCAUAUACUCGAGCAUAAAAGUCAACAAUUAAAAAGAGGAACAAUAGGAUCGGGUAGCGAAGAAGAUCCAACCAUUUCCGGUGAAGAAGAAUCUGUUGCUUUUAUAGAUAUACCUCCAAACAAUCUGUCCAAACUUCCUGAAAAAGGAAUACUUAAAAAACCAUAUGGCUCAAUUGGAGAAUCUAAAGAAAAAUGGUCUGAAGAUUCACAAAGUGAUAAUCAAGAAAUUCUUUCUCAAUCUGAUAAUAAUGUCGGAGAUAGUACUGCCACAAUGUCAGAGGUUGAAAGAGCCUUAAAAAAUUUAAAUGGAUAUCACGAAGAUAUAUUAGAAGCAUUAAGAACUGCUGCUUCGCAUUCAACUCAUAGAGGACCACCCGGUGGAUUGGGAAUGCACACUCCAAGUGGAUCCUCGAGUUUAUUAUCCGAAGAAAUUCUAAGAAAAAGUCUUUUAGAUAGACGAUCGUCCAGAGGAGGAUCUCAGGAAAAAAUAUGUGAUCACGGUCAAACUCACACAGUUUUAGUGGAUUCACAUAGAAGAAUAGACGAUGAGGAUGAAGAACUUCCUCCAUCUUGUGGUCCUAUUAGAAUUAGAAAUUUAGAAGAUCUCGUUCGACAGCUGGAACAUCAUUCAGCACGACAUAUGAGUCCUUCCGGUUCGGAAGAUAUACGCAUGUCUGAAACAGAAGCAGAUAGGCACUACAGAUUAGAAGCAUCCGAUCCACAAAGUGUGAGAACGCGAGGACAAAGAGGUGAAGACGAACCUAGGUUCGUUUACGGAAGGUAUAGGCACCCGAGUACGACGGGAAGAGCGCAUUCUUCUCCACAUUCUCAUCAGCACACUCACGGAUACAUGCAAGAAGAAGAAGGAAUUUACGAAUCCGCUGAUCAUGACAGAGUCGUUGAUUGCGGUGAUACGCCCGAUAGCGAAAGUGAUGAAUUUAUUCAAGCUCAACCAGCACUAGUGAGGAGCGCUAGCGAGGAACUCGUGCCUGGAGUCAGCGUCAGCGGCACCGGAAGCGGCUCUGGGCACCGCAGCAGGCACCACCGAGAGAGCCAACAAUUAAACACGUCGUCAGGGGGAAUGUCCCAAAGAGAAUAUUACCCGUCACCCCUUAGUAGUACCGAUUCGGACGAUUCAAACAACGAUAGUCCAUCCAUGGCUCCGGAAUACAAACACUGA